AUGGCUUGUAAGAGUUUGGUAAUCGGCCUCAUAAUUGUUUCUCUUUUUGGUCUUCACCAAUGUCAAGAAGAUUAUGAUUAUGAGCAUCCAAAGGGAAUAGAAAGAUGUUUUACGCGAUUUGUUGGAAGGCCAUAUAGAUUGGAGGAUUUGUGCUGUGUCGAAGCUCCUUGGAUUUGCUUCGCUGGCUACCUUACGAAAGAAUGCACCAAGAGGUGCCCGCCUCUUCGAGAAGGUGUACCUCAGCCUCCACCGCCGCGAAAAGGAGCAGCGCCGUCUUCACACCUGCGAAAAGGGGAAGCGCCAUCUCCAUCACCCAUGCGGAAAGGAGUAGCGCCGUCUCCACAGCCUUCUAGUUCUCUAUAG